CAAACCCCCAUUACGCCGGGACAAAGCGGAAAGGCCCCCUCCUCCGACUCGGAAACUUCCUGUCGCCGUUUUCCAUGCUUUUAUUGCACUCUGACGGUCUUUCAAAACAGAAUCGCCCGCAUAUAGCACUUUAAAAAGAUCGACUAAAUCUGCUGCUUAUCUUAGUUGUCUUAGAACAAAAUGGUGUUUUAUUUCACGAGUGCAGUUGUGACACCACCUUACACUAUAUAUAUGGGAAAAGACAAAUAUGAAAAUGAAGAUCUUAUUAAAUAUGGAUGGCCCGAAGAUAUUUGGUUUCACGUGGAUAAGCUGUCAUCUGCCCAUGUCUACUUGAGAAUGCCGAAGGGGACAACAAUAGAGGACAUACCUAAGGAGGUCCUCAUCGAUUGUGUGCAGCUUGUGAAAAACAACAGCAUCCAAGGGUGCAAAAUGAACAAUAUUAAUAUUGUUUACACGCCGUGGAGCAACCUGAAGAAGACAGCGGAUAUGGACGUGGGUCAGAUAGGCUUUCACCGGCAGAAGGAGGUUAAAGUUGUAGCAGUGGAAAAGAAAAUCAACGAGAUUGUGAACCGGCUGGAGAAGACGAAAGAGGAGCGAUACCCAGACCUAGCGGCCGAGAAGGAAUCUCGGGACAGGGAGGAGAGAGCUGAGAAGAAAGCACAGAUCCAGGAGUUAAAAAAGAAGGAGAAGGAGGAUGUGAAGAAGAAGAAAGAGAUGGAUGAGCUGAGGAGUUACUCGUCUCUUAUGAAAAGUGACAACAUGACGACGAAUGAGGAUGGCAAUGAUUCUGACGACUUCAUGUAGAGAUGAAGAGUUUCGAGGCUGCCCGAUUCUCGCCCGUCCCCUUAAUUAAAAUCCAAAGUGCUCCGUCACCAUUCAUGUGAACACUUAAGGUGCCGGCUUGCGUGCUGACGGUGUUUCCAGUGGAGAUGACGGCUCUGUUCAGCUGCCAGACUCUGAAAGGAAAUCUGCCACCUUCCGGCUCCCUAUUAACCGAUUAACCGCUGCAUCACACAGACCUCGAAGCUGACGGACAGCGUGGGAAAACAGGAGAAAUCCUUGGUGCUGUUGUAUUUCGUGAGCCAGCAGUAGUACCCCAGAGGGUGCUGUUUGUAGUGUGACCUUCGGAAGAUACCGCAGGUCAGCCAAGUCUGCAUGAGACACUCUAAAUUCUUGUGGGAACUGGUCUGGGUGUGAGGGGUUAUCUGUGUGUUUUUUAUUAAUGUAAUCUCUGCUAAUGCCCUGCAAUGGCAGCCGGAUUGAAAUGCGAAUUUGUCUUCAGCCACAGUUUUUUAACACGUCGCCGGGGACGGUAUCUCAGCAUGCUCUGUUUCAAAAACUUUAUUGUACGAUGGGUGAUCGUCUUGGCAAAAAAAACAACAUAUAUCUACUGAGGUUGUCUGCAACAUUAAAACUGCUAAAAGAGAAAUCAAGCUUAAUUUUAAAUAAACAUUUGGUUCAUCUAAGUGUAGAUGGUUUAAGCGAUUUCCCCGCCCCCCCCGACAGCACAAAUUUAGCUUAAUUUCAUUAAAGCAAAGUACUUUUUUAGGAAGUGUGUCUGAAAUGCAGAAACCAUGACUUUGAAGGCUGUGUUUGUUUCUGGAAUCAUCUUUUUUUUUUUUUUUGUUUGACAUCUGUUUAGUUGUCAAAAUCGAAAACAAACUUUUCCCACUGCCUGUGUCUUCCUCUACUGCAUUCAUUAAACACUGUUAAGUUCAGUCAAAGGAAGUCUUAAAACCUUAAUUGGGUCAUUGUAUCAUUUGCCAUGGCAUUGUGUUGUGGUUGUAGGGUGUCUGCUACAGAGCAGUGGAAUGACCAUAAAACGUUUUCCCAGAA